AUGGAAGGCGGAGACUCGAACGCUGACAUCGUGCCACCGCACAAAACGCGGCGUAGUGGUGGAGAGACCAUCUACGACAAGUAUCUCAACAUAAAAAAUAAUGUGUUGCCCAAAGAUGAAGACAAUGCCGCACGAAAUAAAAUCAUGGAAAUUUCCAACUCAACGGAUCAAUUAGAGCUUGAGGCUGGAGAAGUGGUUAGUAACGAAGAUAUUGUAGUUGCAUGUACCAAUGGACCCUCAGGUAGCGGCUUGUCUGCUGCUGCUCAUGCAGAGCCAGAAUUAAACUCUCAGGAAAAAUAUGAGUCUCAGUUGGCAUCGGCAGACACGCCGCAGCUCGAGGCGUCUUUACAUUUUUCCCUUGUUGAAGAUAACACCAAACUAACGGCUGUUGGCACUUCUUGUGCUUCUGCUGCUGUUCCUACUGUUGAUGCUUCGACAAUUGUUCCAACUACUGCUGAUUUUCCUGCUACUCCUAAUCCAACAUCUCCUUCCACUUCUGCAUCCCAACCUGCUCAUGCUUCCGCGCUGUCAAAUGUUUCGUUGCCACUGCAUUCGUCUUCGAACGAGCAGUAUGCAGCGAUGCGAGUUCAUAGACCUAAGAAGAUUGCUAACAAUGAGCAUAUUGUUCUGACGAAGGGUGGUCCAAGUGAACCACCGAGAGAGCGCAGCCGAAGUCGGGGUCGUGCUGGAAUGCCUAUGAACGAAGGAUGCCAACCUGGGAAUGAUUCAAACGGUCCACCUUCGGGCCCACGAAGCCCACGCGGCGCCUUUUUUGGCAAACCUGGCAGUCCGUUCAAAAGUCAAUUUAAUGAAAGACUAGGUAGCCCUGUUCGGAACGGAAUUGUGAGUCGAUCGAGAAGCCCACUUCGCGACAAUUCUAAUGGUAAAUUUGGCAACUCACCUCGUGGACGGUUGAGUGAAAGGCUUGGCAGCCCACCUCGUGAUCAAUUCAACGGAAGACCUGGUAGCCCACCUCGCGGUGGGUUUAUUGGAGGGCCUGGUAUUCCGCCUCGUGACGGAUUAAAUGGACGAUCUGGUAGUCCACCGCGUAAUAGCUUUAAUCGAAGACCUGGUGGCCCACCACCCGAUGGUCCGAAUACAAGAAUUGGCAGCCCGCCUCGUGGCGGCUUGAAUGGACGACCUGGCAGUCCACCUCGUGAAAGCUUGAUUAACCGGCCCGUAAGCCCACUUCGAAAUAAUUUUGCCAGUGGACAUGGAAGCCCCCGACGUGAUACAUCAAACAACAACGGACCUCGUGGACGUUCUCCACCUCGCUUAAAUUUUCGAGGCCAUCCAAUGAGCCCGAGACGACAAAAAGGAUUUUUGGACGGUCCAGGACCUGGACAAGGUAGUCCCCGUAGUGGCAUGGCCGGCAGCCGUGGUAUGGGAGGCCCUCGUCGAAGUCGAAGUCCAUUUCGAGUCCCCCCAUACAGUCCUACACGCAGUGGCAACGGCAAUGAUUUUGCUCCAAGACCUACCGGUCACCCUGAUUUUGCCGGCCCGCGGAGUCCUCCACGCGGACCUGGACCUAGAAGUCCCCCACGCGGACCAUGUGGACCUGGACCUAGAAGUCCUCCACGCGGACCUGGACCUAGAAGUCCACCACGCGAAUUUGGACCUAGAAGUCCAUCACGCGGUGAUUUUAACGGACAAGGUCCUAACAACCGACCUCCUUUUGCUCCGUUUGAUGGCAGAGGUAGUGGCACAUCGCCAAUGGGACGUCCCUCUAGUCCGAUGCGCGGCGGCGGCUUUCGGACCCACUUUGACAACCGAGGUCCGCCUGAUUUCAGACCCUCGCCAAGACGAGAUGGACCGCCAGGCAUUCAUCCUCCACGUAGUCAAAGCCGCAGUCCAAAUCGACCACUUCCGCCAGGUGAUAUGAUGCGCAAGAGAGACAGAAGCUGGGAGCGUGGCGGUCCUCCAUUCGACACAAUGAGGCGCCCAUUUAAUGGACCUGGACCUCUGCCCGAUAGUCCUCGAAUUAUGGAGCCUCGUCCGAUUGUCACUCCAAGCGAGUGGAACUUCGACUUGAAGAGAAGCGGGAAGUUCAAGUGCCGCUGUAGUGCUACUUCCCUUUCAGUUGGUCUGAACCGUCAACUGCCCAUGUAUCUAGAUGUAGUGAUGUUGCCUCACCUGAGCAAGUCGCCUGAGUUUUUACAGCUUGAACGCCCGAACGUUAGAAGAGUUGUGUACGAAUUAAAGCCCGAGUCGAUGGCAGAUGCGAGCGGCUACCAAGAAUUUGUUGACUAUCUUAUUCAGGGGCGAAGUGGCCACGCCCGCGCAGGAGGAGCCGCAGAAAUGGAUUCUCAAGGAUUUAAGGUUUUUAUUCUACCUCCGGGCCAAGCAGCACGGCAGCUUGGGUACAAGGGCGAUCAUAUGGUUGCUGUUUUACGCUCUCGCUGA